UAUCCUUUCCACUCACACACACUCUUGGUGGACUCAACUUUCAAAUGUCAAACACUGUCCGUCAAAAUUCCCCUUCAAAAAGAAGAAAAAUAUUUUAAGAAAAAGUUUUCAUUUUCAUUUUUCCGAAAUUAUUCAAUUAUGAAUAAAUUAAAAUCAACACAAAAAGACAAAGUUCGAAAAUUUAUAUCGCUAACACAAACGGGCGAACAAACGGCAAUCUAUUGCCUCACAAACAAUGACUGGAAACUCGAUCAGGCCAGUGACAAUUAUUUCCAAAAUCCAGACCUCUAUUACCGCGAGCUAGAUCGCAAACGCAUUGAGGCAUUAUUCAAUCGCUAUCGGGAUCCCUGCGAUCCCCAGAAAAUCACAUCCGAAGGAGUGAUUCGGUUUUUGGAAGAUCUCGAGCUGAGUGCCGAUUCGAAACUGGUUCUAAUUAUUGCAUGGAAAUUCCGUGCUGAAGCUCAAUGUGAAUUCAGCCACGUUGAAUUCUGCAACGGGAUGAAUGAUUUGGGUGUUGAUAGUGUGGAUAAAUUGAAAUUGAAAUUGCCAUUGUUGGAACAAGAGUUAAAUGAUGCGGGGAAGUUUAAAGACUUUUAUCAGUUUACGUUUAACUAUGCAAAGGAUCCGGGGCAGAAGGGCAUCGAUUUGGAUAUGGCUAUAGCGUAUUGGCGAAUUGUGCUGCAAGGAAGAUUUGAAUUUUUAGAUAUUUGGUGCAAAUUUUUAACGGAAAAACACAAACGAUCUAUACCGAAAGACACAUGGAAUCUGCUGCUAGACUUUGCCACUCAUAUCGACGAUAACAUGACAAAUUAUGAUUCCGAAGGUGCAUGGCCCGUACUUAUUGAUGACUUUGUCGAAUGGUGUAACGAAAACAACUUUCUCACACAACCACAAAGUCAACAACAGAAAAACAUAUCUAGCAGCUUUCAAACAUCGCAUAGUACAAAUAUGAAUUAUGGCUAGCGAACAUAAAAUAUCUUUAAAUAAAUAAUAAACUUGUGUUGAUUUUAA